UGCCAUGGUAGCCUACAAUGACAGACAAUCGCUUGGCGCAUUGGCUAAGGCUAAUCACACACACACUCAGCCACUGACGACACUCGAUUCUUGACAAUCUGAGGCUUCAACUUCUAUUUUCUCUCAAAUCCCGACAUUCAACUUUAUCGUCUCACGGCUAGAUCUACAGUCUACAGUUCUGUUUGACACUUGAUUCGUACGAAUGACUUCCAGCAUUUCAGGGAUGGCUGUUGUUGAACUGGACCCUGUGUUUGUUAAAGCUCUGAAAUUGCUACAUUCUAAAGCAAAGGAUAGCACAGCUCAACUGAAAUUCAUGCUGGAUGAUGCAAUCGCACAGAGGAAAGGACUCAAGGCUCCAUCAGCGCUCUCAGAUUUUGAGAAAGCAAUAUCUGGGAAGUCCAAGACUGAAGAGGACUCCAAGAAAAGAGAAGUUGAAAAACGUUCAUCUGACAAGAACUCUAAAGACUCAUCAGAACCUGAUUCGAAAAAGUCAAAACUAGAUUCCUCAAAGUCUAGAAGUAAAGAUGAAAAAGAGGCGAAAGAAAAAGAGAGAGAAAGGGAGAGAGCAAAGAAGGAAAAGGAAAAGAAAGAACGGGAUGAAAAAGAGGCUCAACGACAGAGAGAGAAAGCUGAGAAGGAGAGAAAAGAGAAGGAGGCAAGCUCUGCUAAGCCAGAGAUUGAGGCUGUUGUCCUUAGUGAUGAUGACGGCCCAGCUUCUCAGAUGGAUGCAGGCGACUUUGCCCGAGAGAUGGGCAUUGCUUGUGUGGUUUGCCGGCAAUUUGAUGUCAGUUCUGGAAAUCAACUGGUGGAGUGCCAAGAAUGCCACAACCUUUAUCAUCAGGAAUGUCACAAGCCACCAGUUACUGAGGAGGAAAUCAGUGACCCUCGCUUUGUGUGGUAUUGUUCAAGGUGCGCCAGGAGCCUGAAGAAGAUGGUCGCUCAAAAGCCAGUGAAGCCAAAGCCAGCUUUACCGACUACAAGCGUUGCUAAGGACCCGGUGGCCCCAUUGAGCAAGAUCAGUAAACCUGACACUUCUUCUAGCACUCAGGCCUUCAGACGAAUUGAUCCCAAGGCUAUUGUAGCCCCUAAAGAGACAAGCAGUCUGAGCUCAACAGCAAAGCCAAUGGUCGGACUGGCUGGUUUGGCAGCUAAUCUUGCCAAACCUCGAAAUGAAGCCAAGGGCAGUUCCUCCAGCCGAAAGUCAGAUCCCAAAGGGGACGGUUCGAAGUCCAGUAAGUCAGAUUCUAAAUCAGGAUACAAAUCUGACAGUUCCUCAAAAUCUUCAGGAAAAGGCGACGAAAAGAGCUCUAAAUCAUCGUCUUCGAAGGAGGAAAGGGAGAAAAAGUCGGAGAGUGGAUAUAAGUCGAGCAGCAAGCAUGAUGAUGCCAUGUCAUCUAAAACAUCCAGCUCUUCUUCUUCUUCCGCCCAUAGUAAAGAAGACAAAAAGUCAGAGUCCUCUAAAAGCUCUUCUGGCGAGCACAAAUGGGAGAAGUCAGACUCCAAAAAAUCUCCCGCCCACCAUGAAUCGAGCAAGUCAGAGCCAUCAUUAGCAAAGUCCUCUUCAUCGUCUUCUUCUGCACCAAGUACGCCCACAACUGAAACAGCUCCUGCUCUGAAGAGCUCAAGUAGUUCAGGAGGUAGCAGUAGCAGCAAUAAACAGGCAGUUGCCAAUCUUUCUAUGGUGACAGCCAACAAACGUAUUCAAAUGAUGAAGAAGAAGGCUCAGACAAAACCACAAGAUAAGAAGAUUCAUAUCAAGUAAUCCAUUUGUGCAGACAAGUCCUAUGUUUGUACUCCAUAUGUACAUGUGUGCCUGGUAAAAGGUACCAUGUGACGCAUUUUGAGGAAUUGCACUUUCUAGUACAUCGCUUACAUCUUCCUUAUUUCCAAAAGUAUUGAUCAUGUCUGUUCUUCUUUGGAGUAUAAUCAAAGAAGCCAAGGUCUGAAGGGAGGGAAGCAGUAGCCUACUUGGGCAAUCUACUUCCUCUACUCAAUGCUUACCCCCCCAGGGAAAACAGUAUCAUGCAUACUGCUUAAAGAUUGUCUGUAAAAAAGACCAAUUCUACAGUAUGGCUGAGGAUUACUUUUUAGUUUAACACAUUGCACCCUAAGUGCCUGGACGGGAAGUCCUUUGUUAGAUCCUAGGCAAGGGGAAGGAACCCACCUCCCGUGAAUACAAGCGUUUAAAAAGCACAUUUUAAAAAUACUAAACAAAUUCCAAAAA